UUCCUUGCUUUUUUCCCGAGAAAACCCAUUAUUUUCUCAGAGAAUUUUUGCAAGUUACCACAAAAGAAAAGAUUCGACUUUUCUCUUUUAACGAACGACAUUGGGUUCUUUUUUUAUUAUUAAUUAUUGGAUUUAGCCCAAAAUGCCAAGGGUGUGGUUUUUCAUAUAUUUAUUCUUUGUAGGGUUUUUGGGUUGUGUUUGUGUUAAUGGUCUUGGUGUCAAUUGGGGUACCAUUUCGACCCACCAAUUACCACCUAAAACAGUGGUUCAGAUGUUGAAAGACAAUGGAAUUGAGAAAGUGAAACUGUUUGAUGCUGAUGAAACCAUCUUGAGUGCUCUGGCUGGGACUGGCAUUGAGGUUAUGGUUGCUAUUACCAAUAACCAGCUCGCUCCCCUGAACAAGUUUGAUCGAGCCAAGGAGUGGGUCAAGGAAAAUGUCACAAAAUACCAUGUAAAGGGAGGUGUUGACAUCAAAUAUGUGGCAGUUGGGAAUGAACCUUUCCUCAAGGCUUACAACAACUCAUUCUCGAAUGUCACCUUCCCGGCCCUCAAGAACAUCCAAAAUGCUCUCAACGAUGCUGGAGUUGGAGACACUGUGAAGGCGACCGUGCCCUUCAAUGCCGACGUCUAUGAGUCACCAGACAACAGUCCUGUCCCGUCUUCUGGGAGGUUCAGGGCGGAUAUUCUUGGCCAAAUGAAAGAGAUUGUGGAGUUUUUGGACAAGAACAAAGCACCCUUCAUGGUAAACAUCUACCCCUUUCUAAGUCUUUACGGCCAUGACGACUUCCCUAUCGACUACGCCUUCUUUGACGGGGCAAGCAAACCCAUUGUUGAUGGUUCGAUAUCAUACACCAAUGUUUUUGAGGCCAACUAUGACACCUGUGUGUCAGCCUUGAAAGCAAUGGGGGUUGGCAACAUGUCCGUUUUUGUGGGGGAGGUAGGGUGGCCUACGGAUGGCGAAAAGAAUGCCAAUAUACAAAAUGCUUAUAGGUACUACAGCGGACUUUUACCAAGACUUGCCGGCGACAAAGGCACCCCUCUUCGGCCUGGAUAUAUAGAAGUCUACUUGUUUGGACUUCUUGAUGAGGAUGGCAAGAGCAUUCUUCCCGGGAAUUUCGAGCGCCAUUGGGGAAUCUUUACCUUUGAUGGACAGCCCAAAUUCCCUGUUGAUUUCAAGGGCGAAAACAAGUCUCUCUUGCCCGCGCAGGACGUGAAAUACCUUCCCAAGAAAUGGUGCAUGCAUAAUCCAAAUGCCAAGGAUAGUAGUAAACUUGCAGAGGCUGUAGAGUAUGCAUGCAUGCGAGCUGAUUGCACAUCACUCUCCAAUGGAUCCUCUUGUGAAAACUUGGAUCCUAAAGCUAAUGCUUCCUAUGCAUUUAACAUGUACUUCCAGGUCAAUGAUCAGAAAGAUGAGAGCUGUGAUUUCGAGGGUCUUGCCGUGGUUACAACAAAGAAUUUAUCACAAGGCAAUUGCAGUUUUCCCAUCCAGUUAGCACCUGAAAAGAAAAAACAUUCCGAUGAUUCGCCCUCGCCCUCGCCCUCGCCCUCUUCUUCUCCUGAUGAGGACAAUAAACCUCCCUCUCCUUCCCAGGCGCCCUCCUCUUCUUCUGGUGGAAAUAAAAAACCUCUCUCUUCUUCUCUGGUGCCCUCAUUUGUGGCUUUGGCAUUUUUUACCCCAACUCUUUUUUCUGUUGCUGUAAAUCGUUAUUUCUUUCUGUAGAUACCCUCGGUUUAUCAUUCUUUCUUUCUGAAAGUUCAAGUAAAUGUAAAUGUGCACACGGUCACAAUAUUAUCCUUAGCAAGAUUAGGACACUCAAUCUUCCUUUGAGCUCAAAUAAGAGAUUAUACCAUCUGUCCUAAUAUCUGUUGACUCAGAUUUUGCUCAUCGCAUUAUUUUAGUGUAUAUUGUGACUAUUGUGCCAUCUACUCUAUAUGUUUAUUAUUUUAAUAA